UAGGGUGGCAAUGACCAGGGCCAGAAUAAUCCUGGUCAGACCAUGCAGGCCCUAAAAGCAAGAGGAACUCCAUUUUCUAAAUCUCUCUGCCUCUGAUAGAAAGUAAAUUAGACAGCACUUUGCACACAGGCACAGCAUGUUUGCACAUCUAAUGCAAAGAUCUAACCACACACAGCACUUCUAAGAAAUUCUAGCAUAAACCACAAGAGCAAGAGGAUGUAGCCCACCGCAAAUUAUAAGUAGAGCACAACCACAAUUGUGCCUGUAAAAUUCCACAUAGACACGUGUAUGAAGGUACCAGGUACAUAACGCCACCUAGUAGAGUUGGGCGGGUGACUUUGCAUCUUGGGGUGCUCUCUCUUGAUUGGUUGAUGAAGUACUGCAGAAAGGCUGAUCUUCACUUCACUCUGUCAAAAAGGUAUAAAAGCACUCUGUGUAUGCCCAUGGGUCGGGCAGAAUGAGGAAUGUUUUUUUCCCUACUGCUCCAUAUUGUUUUGCCGACAAACCAAUAAUAAAAUUGUUCAACUGCCUGAGAUUUCGUCUGGUCAAUUUGGGAAGCCAGUCAUCCACCUUACAUUUCUGGUGCCGUGCGUGACUCGGAUGAGGGCAUUUCCCUGAACCAGAGGCAGUCCCCUUUUGCCCCACUGGACAGGGCGCAGAUUCCUAACGGCGCCUCUGGUCUGGUGCACACCGGCAGACUUUUUCCGGAGGAUCAGAGGUGGCCCUUGAGUUUCCGUGCCCUGGACAAAGAGGCAAAAGGACCGAGGUUGGAAGGGAAGAACAGGAAAAGCCGGCUGGGGUAAGUAGAAAGGGAAAAGGUACCUUGAAGGGAAUUGGCCCCCUUUAAUGAGGGGAAGGGAGAUCCUGAUCACAUCUCCAGCGUGUUGGUAGUACUCAGUUAAUCAGAGGUCAACUGGGGAACCAGGCGCUUUGGGUAAAAGGCAAAGGGAGGAGGAAAAUGUGUAUGUUAGUAGUCAGUAGGGAAGAGGUCCCUUGACAAACAGAUACUUAGGAAACAAGGAAAAACUGGGAGGUAGAGUGUGGUAAAGUGUCCAAUGAAUGGUAUGUGUGGCAAAGUUUGCAGUGCAUGCUCUGGUUGAAUGAGGGGAUACUUUACAGGGCCAUAAAUGGGAGGAGUAUGGUCAAGAGGAGGGAAAAAUGUGAUUUCCCUAGAAUUCAUGAUAGAUAAAUUCACAAUGCCAUAAAAGAAAUUUAAUUUACAAGUCCUGCCAACAACAAGUCCAGAGAAAAAGGGGGUGUGCAAACCAGUAUCCUCACCCCAGAGAGAAGAAAGGCAUUUUGAGAAAGAAGAUGAAGAGGAAGGCAGUGGUUAAACAGCAACAAAUAAUGGCUCAAGGACCAGUGAGGAACCAGAAGGGGUUCAAAGGUCACUGGUGAAGGUCAGUUUCUAGGACGGAGAUGUCUCGGUCAAUGUAAAAGAGGAAGGAAGAGUGUUCGGAGAAAGAUGGGACAAGGGGGUCCCAGCAGAAGAGAGUUUGUCGGUUUGGCAGGCAUGGCAAAGAGCCAUGGUCAAGGUGACUUAAGAGUUACCUGCAUCUGGACUUUGUUAUAAAUAUAGGCACCCAGUAUUCUGCUUUUAAAUAUCCUUGAAACAGCCCCCCCCCAAAAAAAAACCAAAAGAAGCAUCAGACUGAUUUUAUGCCUAAAAGGGCUGUACAAACAGACAGCGGAGGAUUGGUUCAGAAAAAUCAUCUCUGCAACCUUUAGAAUGCUAUUCACCAUACUAGAAAUGAGGCUACCCCCCCCCCCACAGGAAACUGACAAAAUGCCAGUAACGGUGCUCAGAAAAUGUUUUCAUAUGCUUCAGCUGGCUUCAAAAGAAAAGAAAAGAAAAUCAUGUACUUAAGUAGUUCACAACGCAAGAGACAAUAGAUUUUAUUUGAACAAUUAUAAUCUUUUCCCCAAGUCCUGUUGUAGCUGUGCAGACUUUAGUUUUUGGGGAAACUUACAAGAAUGGGGGGAAAAGAGACAUUUGAGUCCUUCUAAAAGCAAACUACGUUUAAAGGGUUUUACCCUCCUACCUGCAACCCCAUUUCAUAUGUUUUUGUGACAGCAACGUUGGAAAAUUUGUAGAACUGCAUAUUUUAAUGAAAUGAAUGUUUAUCAACUAAAGAAUUCAGGAUAAGGUAGAAGGAAGUUAUACUGAAUGGAGAUUUGUGUGUAAAGACAUUGUCUGUUUGAAUCUAACACUACCAUUGGAAGACAGGCUGCGAAAAAUCUCAAGCAGUCUCUCAAACCUCCGGCAGAGAUGUGUGGCGUAACCCCCCUUAUUUGGUUACACAAGCGAUUCUGCAUGAUUUGUAUUUGCACAACUUGCUUUCUCCUGCAACCUGCACUUAGAGACUGUGGCUGUGCCUGGCUGGUGUUGCCAUUUCGGACAUUCUAUUGUGUGACAUUGUGUGACCAAGACCGUUGCUGUGAAAGUAGGGAGAAAAAGAUGUUAUGCUUUGGAGGUCCACGUUUCAGCUUACAAAAACACUACUGCUCUAAAUGCUUUGACUUUAAAAAAUUUUAUGUCUCACGGAAACAGCCCGUUGCUACAAAGCAGCUGUAAGUUUUUUCUUAUUCUAGAAACCACAAGACUUUGCAUAAUUUGAAAAACAGGCUUCAGUAUCCUAGCAGAACUCAGCCGUCGGCAGCUGGAUGGGAGGCAAAUACGGAUUUAAAGGACCCCUCCUUAACCCUGCACAUGCAUGAAGUUCUGUGGAAGGAAAGAGAAACCACGGGGAGAUCCUGAAAGAUGGACCAGACGUGGAAUCCUGUUGCAAGCCUUGUGAAAUUCGGCAAAGACUGCUGUAAGGCACUGCUGCUAUAUCCCAGAGAUGACUUCUCAACUAACUGCUGCUACAUCCCAGAGAUGACUUCUGUGUGCCAGACACACCUCAAUGUCCAAUACGUGGGACGCACUACCUCGGAGAGUUUGGUGGUGGACUAACCAGCAAGAAGUUCUAAAACAGCAGCGGCAGCUACAAGGACAAUCUCUCUCUCUCCCCCCCUCCUUUGUUUUUUAUCUACAGGAAAUCACUCGAGCGAACAGCGUGUAGCCUUGCGGAGCCUGACACGAUGGUUCCAGCCUGACGCUAGCGAGUCCCUGAGUGAAUCCUUGAAGGAAGGGAGACGAGACCCUCUUCAUUCCUAGGUGGUGAGGUAUCCAUUCCAUCCGGUGAAAGUGCCUGAGAUGACCCCCUGGAUCCACACCCUGCUGUACCUAAUCAGGAGUGGGUACCCAGCGCACGGUGCACCAGUUUCCCCUUGCAGCGUCUGACCGGCAAAAGACGCCCAGCGCAUGGGAAACCGAAGUAGCCCCUGCUGUGACACUCCGGACGCUGUCACUCGACGCACGGGUUGAGGAAUGUCCAUCUUAUGCAGCACCAAACAUCAAGGAGACAAGGAGACGCAGUAAAUCUUAGACCCUUAUAUAUCUUUUCCAAGAUUUUUGCAAGCAGUAUUUUAGAAGCCUUGGAUUACACAGAACCAAUCUGUCUAAGGAACAGUCGCAUCUACUGCUUUGUAUUUUUUACCGUAGCUUCUGGCUUCUGCCCGGUGAAAUUGCUGAUCUUCCAACAGCUUACAAGAAGAAGGAAUCCAGUUAGCUCUGGAAACGAUGCCAAAUCGCUGCUCUGGAACCUUGAUAGUUUCCCUUCAGUUUCAUGAACCCGACACUAGUUCCAGAGGUGACGUGGGAUUCUGGGCGGAAGGAAAUGAAUGAGACCUGGAAAGGAGCAAUUGCCUGCCUUGGGGUAUCUGUGUUCUUUGUGAUGACCAUCGGGAUUAUCUACUGGCAAGUGGUGGAUCAGCCAAACAAAAAUUGGAUCCUGAAAGGGAACGCCAGUGGUCUUAUUUGGGAAAGAAAAGCUCAUUCCCUCAUCCUGCAGACUCUGAGUGAGGACAAAACUUUCCUGGAGAUUCACAUGGGAAGCCUCUCAGAUGUGGAUGUACCUUUAAUGAAGAAUCUGUGUUGGAUAAACAAGACGGAAUUCUGUUACACCUGGGAAGCCACCGCACACUUGAAUAUCUCCUUGGAGUCCAGCCUUUCUUCCAACACGGAGUGCUACAGCAUCGGUUGGACGCCUCUGCACUGCCAGGUUAAGAUCAAGGACUGCUUUUCCAUGGUAAAUAUUUCCUGGUAUGGAGGAGCAAGUGUGAGCAGCCAGCAUUGGCCUCUGAACAAUGUGAGCAUCAAGUCCCAGCCAUUCAUCAUCAGCAACCUCGCCAAAACCCCAGCUGCUUAUGGCUCUGUCUUAGAAAGAUAUUUUUUGGGAUCCACUGGAGUGACAGUGAUGAUUGCCUCAGACAUACCCAUCUUCUUCUCAGUAGAGAGGAACAAACAUUUUUGCCUUGAGAGUACCCUUGGUGUCAACAUGGCAGCCCUUCAGUACACAGUGUGUGUCAGUCAAAACAUCACGUCUGCCCAUCAGGAAGUGGGAAGCCAGCUUUCAGGACAUCAGCGGAAGCUGCCAGAUACUGACAUACUAAGGUUGCCGGUCUGGAGCUAUUACAGAGCAGCAGAUUCUGCUGUCAAGGUGGAGCGAGGAUUAAGAUAUUUCUUCAACAGACUGCAAAGGCAUCACUUUGGGGAGGGGCUAAUCGCUCUCAGUGAACUUUCCACAGUGCUACUUGGUAAUACGGAACACACGUUUUUACCUGUGCUGAGACGAAAAGGGUUGCGUAGUCUAAGGCUUGCCAUGGACUCCUCACUUACAAAACAUCUAAAGCUUUCCAUAACUGUGUCCCCUUUUGCAAGCAUCAACUCCCAACUUUUUCAGAUGUCUCUACAAGAAGGCAAAGAAGACUUUUGGCUGAGCCGCCACUCUGAAUCUGGUGACUACUCGGUGCCGCUGCUCACCAGAUGGAAAGGGCAGAUUUCUGCUCAGCUAAAUGUAACCAGCCAGGCUGCGGUGCUCUGGUACAUGGGCCAAGUGAGCCUCUUGAGGCAGCGACUGGGAGCAGAGUAUUUGGUUUUCGAAAGUGGCGAAGGCAAUUGGUUUAUGGAGCAAGCAAUCCCACCUCCCACAGAACAUGGAGGGGAUAAGUACAUUCACAUUUUAGCCUCAAUGGCAGCUGCAUUGGGAAACUCAUCAAUAAUUAGCGCCGGCACGAGAUCCAGCCACCUGCCGCUCUUUCUCCAAAUGAACCCCCGCCAGUCCGACUGGAGCUACGCUGGUUUGAAAGGGAUUAUUCCAUCGGUGCUUCAUUACAGUCUUCUUGGUUAUAACUUUUUUAUUCCGGAUGCAAUAGGAGGAAGUCUUGCAAAUGAAUUUCUGAUCAAUGAAGAGCUAUAUAUUAGAUGGCUGCAGAUUGUGACUUUCCUUCCUGUGAUGUCUUUCCGUACUCCACCAUGGGUCUGUUGUGAUGACUGGGUGCUGAAUCUCACCAGGCACUAUGUUCAGACACAUCAGAGUUUUGUGGUGCCUCUUGUUGAAAAAUACAGCAAGGAGUGGCUCUCUGUAGGAUACCCUAUUUUUCGACCUGUAUGGUGGCUCAGCCCCACUGAGUCCGUUACCUUUACAAUUGAUGAUGAAUUUCUCAUAGGAGAUGAGGUCCUUGUUGCCCCAAUAACAAAACAAGGGCAACGUCAAAGAGAUAUUUACCUGCCCGGAGAAGGUCAGAAGUGGAAGGACAUCAACACAGCCCAGGUGUUUGAUGGAGGGACCUUCAUCAGGAACUAUUCAGUCUCUCUCAUGGAUGUGCCUGUGUUCAUUAAGACUUUCUAG